AGGAAGUGAGUGAUUGCUGUAGCAGCGAGCAGCUGGGCGGACCUCUCUCUCUCUCUCCGUCCUCCCGGAUGAAGCGGAGAGGAGGCGGAGCAGAAACACGGAUAUGUUUCAUUCCUCUCCCACUCCCACGGACACUCUGACUGUUUGGAUCUAACCGUGAGACUCACGCCGAGCCCGCAGCGCGUGGAGGAUCAGCAGGAUGCCGGUGAAAGGAGGAGGAAGGCUGGUUUCUUACCCGAGCAGGAGCGACAAUGUCGGGAGCUCGGGGAUGGAGGAGACGGUGUGGGAGCAGUACACAGUCACUCUGCACCGGGACUCAAAGAUGGGUUUUGGCAUUGCCGUGUCAGGAGGGCGGGACAACCCCAACGUAGACAACGGAGAGACGUCCAUCAUCGUGUCAGAUGUGCUGCAGGGAGGACCAGCAGAUGGAUUACUUUUUGAGAAUGAUCGCGUCAUUCAGGUGAACUCCAUCCCCAUGGACAAUGUGCCUCACUCCUUUGCUGUGCAGUCGCUCCGAAAAUGUGGAAAAGUGGCCAAAAUAACAGUGAAGAGACCUCGUAAGGUGGCGGUCCACUCCCUGAAGCAGCCUCCCUCCCCUGGUGGAGACAGUCGGGAUUACGCCCCAUCCACCCACUACUACGAUGCUGACAACGACAACGGCUGGUACCGUAAUGAGGGCCGAGACCACACCUCUGACAACAAAGAGUACCUGGACCCCGACUACACCGGGGGUCGGGACUACAACUCUAGAGGACGGAGCCGCGGUAGGAGUCUAGAGAGAACCUCCCCCAGCCCAGACAGGUCCAGGAGGGAUGGCAGCCGGGGGCGAGCCCUUGACACCAGCGCUGACCGCCCGAGGUACCACAGCCGAGGACGCAGCCCAGGAGACAGAUACCACAUGGAGGAGAAGUAUGAACGAGGAGAGGGAGGAGGAGGAAGAGGAGGGAGGUACAGGAGCCGGGACCGACUCAACGACAACUCGCCGUCUCCAGAACCCUCCAGAGAGCUGGAGCCGUUGGAGAAACCUGUCAAUGUCCUGCUGGUGAAAAACAGACCCAACGAAGAGUACGGUCUGCGUUUGGGGAGUCAGAUCUUCAUCAAACAGAUGACCAGCACCGGCCUCGCUGCCAAAGACGGAAACCUGCAGGAGGGAGACAUCAUUCUGAAGAUCAACGGGACGGUGACCGAGAACCUCUCUCUGCACGAUGCCGGGAAGUUGAUCGAGAAGUCGAGAGGAAAGCUGCAGCUGGUGGUCCAGAGAGACCGCCGUCAGAUCCUCGUACGCAUCCCCCCCUUGGCAGACUCUGACUCUGACAAUGACGACAUCUCAGAGAUGGAGUCGUACCACUCGUAUUCUCCCCCGGAGGAGAGGAGGUCCCGCCAGUCCGACCUGUCCUCACACUCGUCCAAUGAAAGAGAAACGCAAAGGGAAGAACCAAUGAAAACAGCCAAGAUGUCUGCCAUGGCCUCCCCGUUCAGGAUACCUGAAGAGCCCAGAGCAUCCACCGAGGUGGACAGAGACAAUCCGCACACAGAGGAGCCUCCAGCUGCUGUAACAACGACACCAAAGAUUCUCCUCCGGCCGAGUCCAGAAGAUGAAAAACUUUACGGACCAAAUACGAUAAUGGUGAACUUCCAGAAAGGAGACAGCGUGGGUCUGAGGCUGGCGGGAGGAAACGAUGUCGGCAUCUUCAUCGCCAGUGUACAGGAGGGCAGUCCGGCCGAGGAAGAGGGGCUGCACGUGGGAGACCAAAUCCUAAAGGUGAACAACAUUGAUUUUCAAGGUGUGGUGAGAGAAGAGGCCGUUCUCUUCCUGUUGGAGAUUCCUAAAGGAGACCUGAUCACCAUCCUAGCUCAGAGCAAACCUGAUGUUUACAAUGAUAUCCUGGUGUCUGGACGUGGGGACUCCUUCUUCAUCAGAACACACUUUGAGUAUGAGAAGGAGACCCCUCAGAGCCUGGCCUUCAGCAGAGGAGACAUCUUCAAGGUGGUCGACACACUGUACGACGGCAAGCUGGGAAACUGGCUCGCCGUCCGAGUAGGGAAAGACAAACAGCUGCUGGAGAAAGGAAUCAUCCCCAACAAGAGCAGGGCGGAGCAGAUGGCCAGCGUGCAGAGCUCUCAUAAAGCUGUACCCGGGGAUCGAGCUGACUUCUGGAGGUUAAGAAGCCAUCGUUCUUUGAAAAGGAAAGACCUGAAGAAGAGCAGAGAGACCCUGAGCGCUCAGACGCUUGCCACACGCUUCCCUGCCUACGAACGGGUUGUCCUCAGAGAGGCUGGUUUCAGGCGUCCAGUCGUCCUGUUCGGUCCCAUUGCUGAUGCUGCGAAUGAGAAACUGGCCUCAGAGAUGCCUGACCUGUUUAUUAUUGCCAAAACAGAGCCAAAGGAUGCCGGCUCAGAAAAAUCCUCAGGAGUGGUUCGCCUCAACACCAUCAGACAAAUCAUUGAGCAGGAUAAGCACGCCCUGCUGGAUGUGACGCCCAAAGCUGUGGACACCCUGAAUUACACCCAGUGGUACCCAAUUGUCAUCUUCUUCAACCCAGACAGUAAACACGGAAUCAAGGCCAUCAGACAGAGGAUCGCACCCAACUCCAACCGCAGCGCUCGCAAGCUGUAUGAGCAGGCCAUUAAACUGAGGAAGACCUGCUCUCACCUCUUCACUGCCACAGUUGAUGUGAACUCAGCCAACGACGCCUGGUACGGCAGUGUCAAGGACUCCAUCAGAGAGCAGCAGAUGCAGGCGGUGUGGGUCUCUGAUGGCAAGCUGGAGGGAGUAGAGACUGAUCUGGAAUGCCAGGAUGUCGAGCGUCUGUCCUUCCUGUCCGCCAUGUCCGCCGACUACCUCAGCAUGGACAGCCGGCUGGCCUCCGACCUGGAUGAUACCGCCGAUGAAGGCGGGACCUACACCGACAAUGAGCACGACGCCGAGUUGAUGCACAUAUCUGCCAUCAGCCGCUCGUCAGAGCCAGUCACAGCCGAGGAGAUUUUGCGAAGGUACAGUCCAGACAUCAGGAGUCGAAUGAGGAAGAUCUGCAGCCAAGAAGUCCUCAGCAGGUCCAGCCCUCCACCCGUCUUCUUAACAGAGAAGGUGAAACUCUCUCUCAGAGACACUCCUGUCCUCGUAUCCAGCUCCACCAACCCACACCUUCACCACCGCCAACACCACCCUACACCCCCCAGCUGCAGCAGGAGCUAUGACUCUCCGUCCAGCAGCAGCCCGGCCAGCAGCAACAACGACCCUCCACCCCCCAUUUCACGCUCAGCCGGCUUCUCCGCCCCCCCGCCUCCACCACCGCUGCACCACUUCAGCUCCUGUGGUAGUCUGCGACCCCUGGGGGCCCCCCAACUGCCUCCUGCAGCCAAACCUCCCAGCAGCAGCGGGAGCAUGGCGGAGGCAGCGGUCCACAUUCCUGCUCUGCCCGGUGUGAGCGAGGUGGCAGAGGAUAGCCUGGUGGAGGACCCAUCCACGAGGACCUUCCUCGGGAAAAUUAAAGCCUUUGAGAAGCUGGAUCACUUUGCCCGAGUACAGAGGAUCCUGGAGGUGCAGGAGGCUCAAAAGGCCAGGAUGGAAAUCGCUCAGAAGCAUCCGGACAUUUACGCUGUUCCUGUGAAGACGGCCAAGCUGGAUCACAGUCGUCCUCAGCCUAUCGGCUCCAGCUCUCAUUCAGAUGCCCAGACUCCUCCUCUGCCUCCCAAAGAGGGCGGUCCCUUCUACGGUGGUGAAGAGGAGAGAGAGGAGAACACGGGGUACUUCAACACCAACUCCUACCAGUACCAGGACACGGAGCUGUAGGGUCUGCCCGCCUUCAGCCUCCUAGACUGACAUGUACACACGCACUGCACACGAAGUCUGUUCACGCACUAACCAUUCCAUCACGUCUGCACAAAAUGCUGCUGACCCCAAACGGACCCUCGCUUCUUUUACACUGACGGGGAAAGAGUCUUUAAUUUAAUUUUUGUGCUUCAAAGAAGUCAAAGCAAUCUUUCCUGUCCGUUUGGAUAGGACUCUGUCUACACUGUUCUGUUGGAUUGGAGUGAUUCUUUCUUUUGUACCACUCUGAACGCACUGACUGUGGAAACACUCGUUUUCUUGCCUAUGCAACUUAUCAGUUUGUGCACAGCAACUGAAACUUCUCGCCACGAGUUCCGUCCUCACAAAAACCUCAAUGAACCCAAAAACCCACAAAGCGCUUUAUCACACCACCUCCUUCUUUUGAAGCUCCUUAUAUUGCCAGCCAUGAUUGACAAAGGUUACGUAUAUAUUCUAUUAUACAGCGUAUAUAUAUAUAUAUAUAUAUAUUAUAUAUUAUAUAUCUAAAAUCAAGUGUUUAUACUCUGUCUUUGCAUUCCUACAUAUAUAUGACAAUGCAGUAUAUAUAUCUCUAUAUAUACUUAUAUAUAUAUAUAUUCUAUCUUGUAACUCUGGAAUUUGUUACAAUUUUUGGAAGUGCCUUUUCCUUUUGUUAAUCCCAUGAGGUUUGGGUUGUCUUUCCUCCACCCCUCAGCCACCCAGCCGUACUGAAACCUCUGCUGCUGUCAAGCUAAAAGGGAAACCAGGGAACCAGUUACACCGAAACCUUAAUGUCGCCCCCCCUCGUACUGUAGCGUCUGCAGAAAACCCUGCAGACGAUCUGCCAUGUCUGAUGUGGAGCACCCAAAGAUCCAGAAUGAGUCCAAACCAAAAUAAUCUGAGCUGUUCAAAGUAGCCUGCUCACUUUAGCAAUAAAGCAAACAACAACUGUUUCAGUAGACCUUAGUCCAACAGCAGCCCGUGACCGCGGGAGGUUCAAAUGCCCCGUAAAAUCUGGCUUUUUGGUUGCAUCAGUAAAAAAUCUACAGACUGUGUCUGGGCCUCACCUGGAGGAUAAGAAAAUGUUUCAUCCAUCGCCCUCUUUGAUGAUUUCCAUCGUGUUCAGUAGGGAUGGGUACGAGUAUUCAAUAUGGCUGUAAUUAAUCAAGUAAUGUUUCAUUUCUCAUGCACUGUGCACACAUUGUUUGAAGCUCCAACAGGUCAUUUAGCACUGCACGUGUACUCUAACCUGCUGAGUUUCUCUAAUUGAAUAUACCUGUUAUUAAAAAAUUAAAUGGCUCAAAAGAAGGGUUUCAAAU